UUGUAACCACACUCAGCCGACCUUCUGCGCUGCACCAGGUUUCAAGGUACAAUGGACGUGUACGCAAAGGCGGCGAAACACGAUUAGAUGCUUGGGUGAGAUAGCGUGCAGAAUUGCUGUUGCCCCACACAGCACGAUCAAGGAAGCGUAAGAAUGUGGUCCUUGUGGCAUCGACUGGCAUGUUUAGCGGCGCUGGUUCUCGUCAUCGGUGUGAAGUGCGAAACCGGCGACUUGGAGCCCGUCGAACCGGACGAUGAAGUGACGACCCUGCGUCCCGAGUCAACCACCCUGGACUUUGAAGAAGCGUUCGAUGAUAUCAUGGACCAGCUGAGCAAACGGAUCUUACCAAUCGCGUCGAAGAUAAUAGGAGACGAAAAUAUAACCUCGGAUUGUUCGAGGUCUAUACUGAAGCUGUUGCUGUCGUUGAAGUCUAAGGCACCAUGGGCUCUGAGAAUGGCUGACGCCAAUGGACGUCCACCGCCUGGACUGUUGUUCGGUACUACGGGAUCGUACGGGGAUUUCGACGAGUGCGUCAGCGUUGUAGCGAAGCCUCCAAACUUCGUCGGCAAAUACUGCAGUCUUUUGCUUGAGUUGCCUCCAAAGUUUGCCAAAUCUACAGCUGAGAUAUUCCAGAAGGAUGGAUACUUUGUGGGAAGGAGAUCUCCAGAGUUCUUCCAUGCGAAGCGUGAUGGUUACUACAAGGGACAACGUUUCGGUAUCUGCAUGCCUUCUGUCUGUACCAUACCUGACAUUGAACGUAUGAUGGAAAUGACUAUUGGAAAGUAUGGCUUCUCGUACUUCAUCUCUGGGUGUGACUGGGUGGACAACCCAGACAGGAACUGGACUGGAAUUCGUAUUGCGAUGGCGGCUAUUACCGGAGUUCUCACAUUGCUCGUGAUCGCUGGUACACUUCUUGACUGGACCGUCGCGUCUGACAGCCCUAUACGAGAUAAGAAAUCAAACUGGAACUAUAUAAUGGCCUACUCCGCGAUAACCAACACGAGGAAGCUGAUCAGCACAAAGAUUGAAGAAGGUUCGGACAACCAGCGUCUCAGCUGUUUCGCGGGCAUCAAGCUUUUCAGCACUCUGUGGGUCAUCCUGGGCCACACCUAUUUCAUUGUCGACAUCGGAGCUUUGAGAAGCUAUUUUAAGACAGUGGCGGCGACGGAAGAAUACUUGUUCCCUCUCAUAAUUAACGCCUAUCCCAGCAUAUCCACGUUCUUCUUCAUUGCUGGUUUCCUGGUAGCCUUUAACAUACUGAAAAGACUCAAGAACUACAAGGGGAACUUCGGUGUGGUCGUCGUCGUCCUUAUUCUUCGCCGUUACAUAAGGUUGACCUUGCCCGUGAUGUUCAUGGUUGGUUUCGGAUUUCUGUUGACCAUGUUCAUUCGGGGACCAACUUUCUUCGACUUCGCUGGCCACAACGACAACCAGUGCAGACAACACUGGUGGAGAGUGGCGCUUCAUAUCAACAACUGGUUGCCUUUCCUUAAGAUGUGCAACCCAUUCUACUGGUACAUCAGCGUUGACUUCCAACUAUAUUCUGUCUUCUGGAUCAUACCCGUCAUCAUGCUCAAGCGUGAGAAACUGGGUCUUUUUCUCAUGGCUGCAUUGGUAGCCGCUCCAACCAUUUAUGUGAUUGUCCAAACUUACAUAAUGGACUACCAACCACUGCCCCUCAUGUUGGACGUCGACGAAAGGCGUCCAACGGAGACUACUGAUUACGUGUACGUCCGGCCGUUUACACACGUUGGAUCCUAUUGUUCAGGAAUUCUCUUUGGAUAUCUCGUUCUCAAGUUUGCUGAAGUCAAGAUUCAUAAGGUGCUUCAAGGUUUCUUGUGGGUGGCAUCUUUCACGGCCGGGCUGACGGUUGUAAUGGCUGCCUACCCAUGGAUGCAGAACAUGUUCCCGUCCCGGAUCGAGACCGCUCUCUACGCUGGUCUGCACAGAACUGCGUGGGCUCUCUGCAUGGGCUGGCUCACAUACGCCUGCAUUACUGGCCGCGGAGGAUUUAUUAACCGAUUCCUGAGUUGGAAGGCUUUUAUUCCUUUGAGCCGACUUUCCUUGGGUGCCUACCUCACCUCCAUCGUGCUCAUCCAAGUUCGCAUGGUAACGCGAAGAGAACUGCAGGAAUACACUCAUCCUGCGAUGGUGACGCUGUUCUUGGCCAUAUCCGUAAUGAGCUACAUCGCGGCGUACGUACUCUUCCUACUGGUCGAGUGUCCCAUCAACAACCUGGAACGGAAACUAUUAGUGAGCGUCGGACUAGAAGGCAAAGAACGCAAAGAACAGUCCAACGGACACACGAUCUGUGCCGGCAACGGAACGUCCGGCGGCGUUCCUACAGUCAGCGACGGCGUUCAGCUAUCUGUUUAUACCCGUAAACAGAUGCCUGUCUAAGGGCAACGGACGUUUAGUGAUUAGUUAAUUAGCUAGUAAUUACUUCAUCUGACACGUGUCAUCCCUGGUAAGAAUGCUCUGAACAAGAUAGCGCGAGUGCAUGUGUGUCGCUAGCUUGUUGCGCACCUAUGGCACAUAAUGCAGUGUGGCCUUAUGUUUGAGACAUAACUUAUGCUUGCAAGUUUCGCACAGUGUGUUCUUAUGAUUCAGUUGUUGACUAAUUCAGUUAGCAUAAUGUGAAAAGCGUAUCGACUUAUGAUGCUUCGGGCGCACUAGUGUUCAUUAUGCAGGUUACCAGAGCUGUUAACUUAAACUAAAUUGAAAAAUGAGAGGAAACAUACAGUGCUACGACCGAGGACCAGGUCCGUCGCAGCAGAGUUAGACGUGCGUAAACGCUUGCUCCUAUUCAGUACCCUUUUCUGCACCUACUGCGUGUGGGUGGCACAUUACGGCACAUGGUGACGUAAGUCGUUACAGGACAGGAUGGCGUCGUAGUUUCCAGAAGACGACCUGGUGUAUCUUCAGGACCGCUAGAGUUUCAUGCUUCCCUUCCUUAAUAUUAAAGGUUGAACAGGAUUCCCGCGCACGGGUUCUUCUGUAUCUCGCUGCUGAAUAUUCACACGGAAGCUUAGUGAAAUGCGCAAUGUCAACGCCACGUCCACGUAGGCAUACAGACCCGCGACGUCAUCUGCUUCAGCCAAUCGCCGACGACGAUUUCAAAGGCAGGCUGCGUCUCCAUGGCUACGGCCACCAAAGGUAUAGAUCGUGAUCGGAGGGCUCUUAAUGACUACGUCACGUCCUUUAAUCGGGUCUUAUUUACUUCAGGUGGCAUAGGGUAGAAGGUCACGUGGUAUACAAAAGGCAAUGACGUUUUCCCCGUAUUCCGCAUUUCCCUUAUUUCUUGUGCGAACAUAUCCAAGCAAACGCAAUCCCUCUUAAAGCUGCACUUUUCGAUCGAUCGCGAAAAGGCCGCGAAGCGAGCAGGUGAAGUCCAAAAGUUUGGACCAGCCUGUAUAAUAAAAGAGUAAAUAUUCGGGCCCGUUGGGUGCAUAUCUAAGUACCUGGUAUCACCGCUGGUUACCUUAUACUUACUGUAUAUGUAUAUAGUAAGAUGCAAAAUGUUUCGAGCAGGAUUACCACUUCCAUUUAACCUCAUCUCAAUCUUAUUCAUGUCACAUCGAUUAACUCCUUGACGGUACUGCAGCAACGUUGUUUGUACACGUACUCAUUGUAAUAUUCCAUGUAUUCAUCACGAUCAACGGUUACCUCAGAGUGAAUGAAGUUCAUACUGUAAAUAGUAUCUAUGCUAGAUUAGCACUUCGUUUCCUUUUUUGUUUUUGUUUUUAUUAAGUGUCUCAUAAAAUGAGGCACUUUGUUGUUGAGCUGGAUGACCUACUGUCGCAAAUGCUGCUGUGCAGGUUGUUUGGUAGUGAAUGGUUGAGUUUGUCCGCGAUGUCGUUCUUCCAAGUAAGACGCCGUUGUGUGUGCCCACUCAUUUUUCUUGGGGUCUGUCUGCGAUCCAUCGCUUUGUUAUAAAAAUCCAUGUACUGGUGACAAUUAAAGAUUGUUAAACAACGAUAA